AGAGGAAGAGAAGCAAGAGGAGGCUGGCUCUUGUCGCGGGCGGGGCUGGUGCUCGUCACACAAAAGACAAGAACAAGAAGAAGAAGGCGGAGGAGGAGGAGGAGGAGGAGGACGCACGCUCAGCUACGGAGGAUGGGCCGGCGUCUGCACCGUCGGUAGCGCUCUGUUUUCGGCCGGCUUCGGCUCCAGGAUGAGCGUCGCGCUGCAGGACCUCCGCAACACCAUGUCGAGCUACAAGCGAGCCACACUAGAAGAGGACGAAGCAUCGGACGCCUUGCCCGACACGUCCCCGUCUCCCCAAAGACUGGGGGUGGGCUUCAGGAACACCAGCAUGGACCUUCUGGGCAGGAGAACCAGGAUGGAGGUUCUGCUGGGCAUCCUGCUACUUCUCAGCCUGCUGGCCCUGAUUACCUGCCUGCUGGUCCUCGGACUAGCCUUCGGUCCAGUCGCCGGCGGCGGCCUGUGUCUGACAGAGGCGUGCGUGAAGGUGGCCAGCCAGAUGGUGGAGGCCAUGGACCGCAGCGCAGACCCCUGCCAGGACUUCUACCAGUUCGCCUGCGGGGGCUGGAUGCGCAAGAACCCGCUUCCGGACGGACGGUCGCGCUGGUCCACCUUCAACAUCAUCUGGGAGCAGAACCAAGUGCUCCUCAAACACCUGCUGGAGAACGGCACCUUCAACAGCAGCAGCGAGGCUGAGAAGAAGACGCAGUCGUACUACUUAUCCUGCCUCAACACGCAGAAGAUCCAAGAGCUAGGAGCCCGGCCUCUUGUGGACCUCAUCGGCAAGGUCGGGGGCUGGAACCUGACAGGACCGUGGGAGAAGGACAACUUCAUGGAGGUGUUGAAGGCGGUGUCGGGGCCGUACCGAGCGCAGCCCUUCUUCAGCGUGGGCGUCAGCGUCGACCCCAAGAACUCCAACAGCAACGUCAUCCAGGUGGAUCAAUCAGGGCUCUUCCUGCCAUCCCGGGACUAUUACCUCAACAAGACGGCCAACGAGAAGGUGCUGCUGGCGUACCUGGAUUACAUGGUGGAGCUGGGCACCCUCCUGGGGGGCUCUCAGGCAUCUGCCCUGGUCCAGAUGCAGCAGAUUCUCGACCUUGAGACGCUGCUGGCCAACAUUACCGUACCGCAGGACCAACGGCGAGACGAGGAGAAAAUAUACCACAAGGUCACCAUCGCGGAGCUGCAGACGCUGGCUCCGGCUGUGGACUGGCUGGACUUCCUGUCGUCGUGCUUGUCACCGCUGGAACUCAACGACAGCGAACCCGUCGUCGUGUACGCGCGGGAAUAUCUGCAACAAGUCUCCGACCUCAUCAACAGGACGGAGCACAGUUUGUUGAACAACUACAUGAUGUGGACGCUGGUUCAGAAGAGCGUGUCCAGUCUCGAUCAGCGAUUUGAGAACGCUCAGGACAAACUGCUGGAAAGUCUCUACGGCACCAAGAAGUCGUGCACGCCGCGCUGGAAGACGUGCAUCGGGAACACGGACGACACGUUGGGCUUCGCGCUGGGGGCGCUCUUCGUCAAGGCAACUUUCGACAAACACAGCAAAGACGUUGCAGAGGAGAUGAUUAAUGAGAUCAGGACUGCGUUCAAACGAGCUUUGGACCGACUCAACUGGAUGGACGACGACACCAAACAAGCUGCUAAGGAAAAGGCGGAUUCCAUUUACGACAUGAUCGGUUUCCCAGAAUUCAUCAUGGACCCCAAAGAACUGGACGACGUUUAUGACGGGUAUGACGUUUCCGAAGAAAGUUUCUUCCAGAACAUGUUGAACUUCUACAACUUCUCUUCAAGAGUCAUGGCCGACCAGCUCCGGAAAACUCCCAACAAAGACCAGUGGAGCAUGACUCCGCCCACGGUGAACGCCUACUACAUGCCCACCAAGAACGUAAUCGUCUUCCCGGCCGGAAUUCUUCAAGCCCCUUUCUACGCCCGGGACCAUCCCAAGGCUUUGAACUUCGGGGGCAUCGGGGUGGUGAUGGGACACGAGCUGACGCACGCCUUUGACGACCAAGGACGCGAGUACGACAAGGAAGGCAACCUGAAGCCGUGGUGGGGAAACUCGUCGGUGAACGCCUUCCGCCAGAAGACCGAGUGCAUGGUCGAGCAGUACGACCGCUACGCCGUCAACUCGGAGCACAUCAACGGCAAGCAGACGCUCGGGGAAAACAUCGCGGACAACGGAGGCCUCAAGGCCGCGUACGACGCCUAUCAGAUGUGGGUCCACAAGAACGGGAAGGAGAAGAGACUUCCUGCCGUCAACCUGACCAACGAGCAGCUCUUCUUCGUUGGUUUUGCUCAGGUGUGGUGCUCUGUCCGAACGCCGGAGAGCGCUCACGAGGGCUUGGUGACCGAUCCGCACGGUCCGCCGCGCUACCGCGUCAUCGGCACGCUGAGCAACUCGGCCGAAUUCAGCCGACAUUUUCAGUGCCCGGCAGGAACGCCCAUGAACACUGGGAGGCGCUGCGAGGUCUGGUAGACCACCUGUGGCGUCCUGACGACUUAACGAGGUGUUAAGGAAGCUGCUUCCUCUUAACUUAUUUACUUCCUGUGUGGAAUCAAGAUGGACGCCGCUGACUUGGCCGAGUUGGACUGACAAAUAGAUGACGAAGAAGAUUGUAUUGGAAUUGGAAUUGUCACUGUUUGAUGACAUCACUGUGAUGAUGAUGAUGAUGAAGAAGAAAAUAUUUACUACACAG